AGUUACAUAACAUAAUUGACGAGCCGUAUCUGAGAGACUUUUCAGGCGAAUCGAAAGUUAGAGGAAGAGAAGAGAAGAGCCAUGGAGCUGGAGGAGGUCCCCUUGGAGAAGAAGAGAAACGGAGAUGGUGAAGGCGCAAGUAAACUGGUGGUGGAGGUCAAAGCUGAAGAGGAAGGACAACCAGACCAUUACGCUGCAUUGCAAACUCCAGCUGAGGACAUCUACGCAGAAGCUUCUUUUGGUGGCUCUCCAGCCAAAGCAGGCAAAAAGACCGAGGGAAAUGCACGUCUGUAUCGUAUCGGCUGGUUAUUCCUCACAAUGAUCUGCCUCGUCCUGCUGCUGGCCGUCAUCGUCCUCAGUGUGAAACUGCAAACUGGAUCCCCAGAUUGCCAAGGGACUGGGGAAGAUGGAAAAGGCAAAUGCCGGAACGACUUCCCCAAGAUUCAGGCCCAGAAGGUUGACUGCAACCCGUGUGGUGAUGGAUGGCUGCUGUUUGAAAAGACGUGCUUUUACCUUUCCACCGUCAGGCUGAACUGGUCCAUGAGCAAGAACAACUGCACUGCCGGAGGAGGAUCUUUGGCCGUCAUCACCAGCCAGAGUGUUCAGACUUUUCUGACUGGGGAAACGAACGGAUAUUUCUGGAUCGGGCUGAGGCGUACUGGAAGUCAAUGGAAAUGGGUCGACAACACUGCACUGGGAGACAGCUAUUGGGAAGGUAAACCAUCCCGUGGGGAUUGUGGCCUCCUGAAAGGUUCACCCCAGAAGAACUGGAUCAGUUCAUCCUGCACCAGCGUAGCCUACUUCAUCUGUGAAAAGACGGCCUGACAGCGUCGCCUUUUCAACAGAGAAAUGAGCAAACGCAUUCUCCGUCUGCAAGCAUCACCUCCACAGUAACACGUCGCAUCAUUUCUCUUUCCACUUUUCAAUCAGUAGAAUCCGGCAAAUAAAUGACAAAGCUUCUUCCACAAUAGCUGUUUUGUAUUUAACACCUGUGGAUUUGUAACGUAUAUCUUCUUGCAGCCUCAUGUAGUAUCAUUUGAACCUUAAUGUGGACCUUGUUUCAACAAGGUUUUAUUUUCAUAUAAAAUAAUCAUGCAUCUAACUAACAAGUACAA